AUUUAAUACAGAUUGUGACAAGCAGAAUGGUGUAUUUAAGUGAUCCUCGUAGAGACAAGUUUAUUCUCAGUAUUUAAGCGACUUGGUCAGAAUAAAUGACAGAACAUUUGAACUCAUCUUAUAUGUUACUCUUUUAUCAACAAGCAGCAUGCGACUUCUUUGAGCGCAUGUAGCUGAAAUGAGGAUACAUUCUACAUGUAUUGCAAUGUACAUUUUAAACAUAAUUUUAAAUUGUAGAGUCCCAUAUCUACUACAAGUCCCUUCUAUUUUGUAUUUCGGUACUUCUAACCCAAAAUCAGUAAAUGUAAUUUCUAUUUUUUCUCUGGGUUUGUUUGCUCAUAUGCUGAGUCACGUAACGUCCGACAGCACUUAAAAGCACCAGAUCCUCUGCUAAGCUAGAGGGUAGUGAAACGCCUCCAUCCCAAGGAGAGAAGUGUUAUUGUAGGUUUGUAUACGAGGAUUUAAUUCUCUGUGCUGUACAAAAUGCUGAACUCGCAAAGAUCUUUGUCUGAGCUGCCCAAGAUGUCCGCUGCCAGUCAAGUGGAGAGAGCUGUUUUGGAGGAGGAAUUCAACUGGCUGCUCAAAGAAGAGGUGCAUGCUGUGUUAAAGCAGCUCCAAGAUGUCCUCAAGGAGGCAUCGAGACGUUUUUCCAUGCCAACGGCAGGUCUGGAGAGUCAGCUCAAACAGGAAAACUUCAUCCUUGGCAGCUCAACCAUAGAUCAAGUGAAGGGGGUGCUGGCUCUGCAGGGAGAAACUCUGACUCAGGCUGACAUAAACCUGAAGGUCUCAAAGAACAGCCAAGUGCUGCACUUUCAGUUCAGAGACGACAAGCAGUGGAAACUGCAGCAGAUCCAGGAUGCCAGGAACCAUGUGAACCAGGCUCUCCAACUGCUGAGCAGCCACGAUGAGAGCUACCACUUUAAAACAGGGGCUGAAGUUAAUAAGCUCAUGGAUGCAGUGAUGCUCCAGCUGACACGAGCACGAAACCGCCUUACAACCCCGGCCUCCCUAACCCUGUCUGAAUUGGCCACCAGUGGUCUGAUGAAAAUGUUCUCUCCUCCUAUGCCUGGGGAUGUGAUGGUGAACUUUUACAUCAACUUGAGCAAACUAUGUCUGACUGUCUACCAGCUACAUGUGAUGCCUCCUAACAGCACUAAGAACUUCAAGCCAGCCGGAAGCUCAGUGUUGCACAAUCCAGGAGCAAUGUUUGAGCUCAACAACAACCGGUUUGAGGUGAGCCAUGUUCACAAGGUGGAGUGUGUGGUGCCAUGGCUGAAUGAUACGCUGGUAUUCUUCACCAUUUCCCUGCAGCUCUGUCAGCAGCUCAAGGACAAGAUAUCUGUUUUCUCAAGUUUCUGGAACUACAGACCUUUCUGAUCAAUCUCUUGACAAGCUUCAGUCAGAACCAAACUAAACCUACAGCGUAAAGGGACACCCUGGAGAGGUUUUCUUUACUCACAUAUUUAUUAUCCAGCCAUUCAGUUUCAAGUGUUGCAUGAUUUGUUGAGUGAGCCACUGAAACCAUCAAAGAUACUGAUGUUUGCCAUUCCUAGUUUUGUUAGCCCUGCUGACUGACUUAAUCUGAUGUGUAUUGCAUCCCAACACUGACAUGAAUUUGCAAUAUAUGAAUGUUGCUGAUCAAUAUAUUUAUUUUGCUACAUCUAGGCAACGUAGAACUUAAAAGUAUUUAGCGUGUUCUAAUUCUGAAGUUUUUGAACACUUAUUGAUUGCUCAGGGUUGGAAAACUAACCGUUUGUUUUGUUUUUUGGAAUACUUCACAAUACAUUUAUAUUUUCUUUGCCACAGGCUUCAAAAGGGCAUAUAUUUAUGUAUUAUUGGAUCUCUGGGUUCUGAUAAACCUCUAGCUGUCUAUUAUGAUGUGAAGUAGUGGAUGGGUUGGUAAACUUAUAUGAUUUUCACAUAGAACUUAAGUAAAGAAAACCUGAUGAGAAUGUUGUCUACACUCACCAGUUAGCUGUUUCUUGGCUGGCAAUGUGAAAUACUGCCAACAUUUUUGAGAAGGUUGUACACCAGUUAGUCUGGCUAGACGUUAGCUCAUUCUCUGGCUAGCUAUUAUCAACUUGAUUUCACUUAUCCUCACCAUGCUGCAAGGCUGGUUGGCUCUAAUUUGCAGUGUAAGAUAGGAGUCUGAUAUGAUCUGUACCAUAAACCAUUAUCAGACCAGUUCAGGUCUGAUUAUGUUUGGUGUAUGGUUGGUGUACGACUUAAUCAACUUCAACUAUACUGCCUUGGUUUGGGUUGGCAUCUGAGCACAAUUGCUGUGUUUACAUCUUUCCACAACAGUUGUACCAAGAGGGAAAAUUAACUUGAAUGAGUAGAAUUAGAAACACACAUUGUUUGAUUUGAAACUGGAAGUGUGGAGUUGUAAAGAAACAAAGAUGUAUAUUAUAUAUCUAUUGUGUAGUUGCGUUAUAUAAUAUGUAAGAUCCAUUAACAGUAUUUAUUUGUGGGAAUAGCCACUGUGAUGUUUUCAAGUCUUAAAUUUGGCAUUUGGCCAAGGCCAUCAAGAUGUUUAAUGAGUCAGUACUGACCAUAUUUUGACAAAUGGGUUGAUAGAAAUGAUAUAUCUCUAUCCCCUGUUCAUCUGUCAUAACAGGGAGCCAGGGAAAAGUUUACUGAGUGAACAGUAUGGUGACUCGAAAAAGACCUGAAAGAGCAGCAAGAUAGCCCACAACUGUUGCCGAAACCCAAAUUAAAACCAAGUAGGAAGUAGCUGUAAUCAGCUUUGCAAUCAAAAUUCUUUUUUUAACAAGAGAAGUCGCCCUCUGCUGGCCAUUUAAAGAAAAUACAUUUAAUGCACUUGCGGAUUUGCUUCAUUUUUGGAAACAAGAUAUUAGAAAUUCUAACUCAGAAUGUCUGACUCCUUUUUUGACCAUUCUUUCUUAAUCGGUCUGUUUUAAGUCUCACAACUCAAUGGAAACGAAAUAGAUCAUGAUCAUUAAGCUUACAGUAUACUAAACUGCACUGCUAUGACUGUAUUUGGAUCUAAAUCCUGAGUGUUGCACAGUGUAUCAGGUAUACAACACUACAACAAAGGGAAGGCAAAAUAUUAGUAAGGGAAAAUUGUUGCUGUAAGAGGAUGCUAAUGUACAACAGAAACAUUUUCCCACUGUUGUCACUGAGGGCAAACAUACAUGCCCAUAGUUGUUACCAGUGCGGCAUCAUGUGUUUCAAAGUCAUAAGGUGCUGUUCUGGUCUUCGCACCCUACUGAACUCCUGUAGUGAAUAACGGGGUUGAUUGAACAUUUUUACUUCAACAUUAUUUUUGAAUCCAUGAUGGAUGGUUAUAGAAGAGGCAGAAUAAAUAGUGUCGAUAUGAUACUACAAUGCAAUUCACCCAUCACAACAUUUGGGUUUGACAUUGGGGUGUUGGAUGCUACUUGUCUUCUGUCUGAGAAGCUUACUUCACACCACUUCUCACAUCAGAUCUAUGUCAUUUUACUUGUAUUCUUAUACCUGAACCAAUUCUGACUCAAGUGACAUCACUUAAGAAAACUUGUCCACUUUAUUCAGCAUCACAUAAGCUGAUGACAAAAGAUUUUGAUGUAGAAAAUCAGUGGCAAGCGACUUCAGGGUUUAGGGUUCAGGGAUAAUGCCACACAGGGAAAAUAUCAAUAUUAAUAGGCAUUCAUUAAAAUGGUUGUAUGAUAAGUUUGUUGUGGAAGUAAUGAAAAUACAGUGCAAUGACACCAUACUAGCAUAUCUGUGAAAUUGAGGUUUGCUUAAAAUUAGACAUGUAUGUAUCUGUCAGGCACUCUUGUGUUGGUAGGUGUGAUCUCUUAUAUAUCAUAGCUGUCAGAAAUUAUGACACACUGAAAAAACGGUAGCAACUGCAAUAUGGCAUAAUGCUUGCAUUAGGACAGCUCAAAUUGGACCUAGACCAGUGCUUUGUAUGGUUAUUUGUUUCAGUUUUUGGUUUAAAUGACAACUCACAUUCCCUGUUUGCUAUUGUAUGGAUAUGACAAACUAUAAGCUACUUUUCACAUCUGUGUUUGUUCAUUUUGAUUUCAAGUGUUUCUCUGCUUUAUGUCCUUAUUUAUUUGACACUGUUUGCACAUAUUGAUUCCAUGUGAACCAAACUCUAAUCCAAUCAUGAACAAAUGAAAUUAUUACAAUAAGUGUUCAUUUUUUUGAAAAGCUGUCUAUCAUGUAAAAUGUGGAAAUUGUUUAUCUGAUAUGUCUGCAAUAAAUAUAUUCUUAACAAU